ACGGUUCAACGCCUCGCGCAUGUUUUGUUUCAGACAGGCGAGCGUGGUGGGGACUUGGACGAACCCGGUCUGCCUUCUCUAAAUCUCGUUUUCCUUCUUCGUGAGUCUGAAAGAGAGAGAGGGAGAGAAUCGAUGGAGGAAGGACUGAGCGAAGAAGACAAGCGAGCUCUUCGGGGUAGCAAGUUCGCGCCCCUUCCUUCCUUGCCACCUCCUCCUCAGCCCAGGUUGGCGCAUCCCGGUGGGGCCAUCACGACGAACAAAGCGGCGGCUCUGGCCAAGUUCCUGGAGCGCAAGCUGCAGGAGCCGCGCGGGUUGGCCUCCAUCGACCCCAAUCUCGUCGAGCUCGCCGUCAAGAAUGCCAAACACUGUGUCACUUCAAGCAGUACCUCAACUUCAGGAAGAGUAAUCAGACAUGUUGAUUCCUUCGAUGAUCCUCAGGAUCAUUUUGAUUUAGGAGAAACUGAAACUAUCACGGAGACGAACAGCAAUAGGAAGAAUAAGAAAAUGAUGAAGAAGGAUAAGAAAAAGAAGAAGAAGCACAAGAAGGACGAUAAGAAGAACAAGAAAAGAAAGAUACCAGAAGAUGUUGUGUGUACUGUGAUGAAGAAGUCCAAGAAGAAGAAGUUGAAAUUGUGAAGGGGGAUGAUUUUCAUGGUAAAGUGGAAGCGAAUUGGAGUACGAUCCAGCUGCGCUAAAUUGCGAAUCUCCUGAAGAAAACACAAAUGUUGUUUCCUAAGGUUAGUUGAGGAUCUAGUGGCGAAAACUAGGGCAAGUCAAACACGAAGGCUUUUUCCCCCACAUUUGCUGUUUCAUUAAAUGUUUUUGUGACAUUGAAACAGUCGUUUGCCUCUGCACAUUUCAGUAGUUCCUUAGGUAACGAUUAGAUUGUCAGUUCAUUCUUUUGGAGGGGAUGGUAGUCACAUCUUUGGAAAGGAGUACUUGGGGUUUCUUUUUCAGCUUAUGAAGAGCAAUUUAGACAGCUUUGUUUAACCAGUUUCAUGUUUCCUUGAUGGGGUUUUAUAGGUGAAGAAAAUGUUACUCAAUUCAUAGUGUGAGAUUUAUGUA